UCAAAAUAAAACUAAUAUAAAAAAAUCUAAACAUUUAAAUUAUGUAGUUAAGGAAACAUACAGCUAAUACUUCUUAAAAAUUUAUGACAUUAACAUCAUGUUACCAUUAACAUACAUAAUACAGCAAACCAGAUUAGGAAAUGAAAGAUGUCAGAACAAAGGACACAGAGAAGUCUUACAACAGUCUCAACCAGUUUCCCAAGCAGUAAAAGAUUCCCUGAAAUUAGAAUUGUACUGAUUGGGGGUCGACAACUAGGUGGAACAGAAUCAUGUGGAAAAAGUUCAGUAGGAAACACCAUUCUGGGCAGAAAUGCUUUUAAUGUUGGAAUAAGAACUGCCCGGUCUGUCCAAGCAGAGGGUGAAGUACAUGGAAGACAAGUGACUGUGGUUGACACUCCAGGCUGGUGGUGGCAUUAUGAUGUGGAAAAUACUCCAAACUUUGACAUACUGGAAAUUAUAAAGUGCCCAACACUGUGUCCUCCUGGACCUCAUGCCUUCCUUCUGGUCAUUCCUGUAGACAAUAUGUUUCCAAAAGCCUAUAGAAUAGCUUUGAAUGAACAUCUGGAGCUUUUGUCAGAGAACGUCUGGGGACACAUUAUUGUGCUGUUCAGCUGCAUUGCUCCAUAUGAUGACAGAUCUUUCAAUAACAAUCUUAGAAUCUGGCCAGACCUCCAAUUACUUCUAAGAAGGUGUCAGAACAGGUAUCAUGUCCUUAAUAUUGAAGACAGGAAUGACAGCUCUCAAGUGAUCACACUGCUGGAAAAAAUUGAGAAAAUGGUAGCCCAAAACAAUCACAAUUACUUUAAAAUCAGCAAACGUGUGCCUGUAGAGGAUGAGAGAGAGAAAAUAAGAAAGGAAAAAGUCAAACAGAGAAUUCUUGCUGUCAAGAGUCGAAGGACUGAACUCCAAGCAUGCAUUGAAGGUGAGGAACAAAAUCUCGCUGAUAUUCAGAUCGUAGUACUAGGUGCAUCAUGGGCUGCAAGGAGUUCUGCAGGCAACCUCAUUCUGGGUAAAGAAGCUUUUCAAGUUGAUGAAUCAAGAACAACAGUACGCUGUGAGGUUAGGUAUGCUGAAGUGCAAGGAAAACAGUUGACUGUAGUAGAUACUCCAGGCUGGUUCUGUCAAUAUCCUCUCAAAAAGACAUCAGAGAUUGACAAACUGGAGAUUAGACGUAGUGUGCAUCUAUGUCCUCCUGGUCCACAUGCUAUUCUGUUAACUGUUCCCGCUGCUAUAGCAUUUAAUAAAUCUUAUCAAACAGCUGUGGAGGAACACAUGGGUCUUUUAGGUGAGGAGGUGUGGAGCCAUACAAUCGUGCUAUUCACCAGAGGAGACUGGCUUGGGGAUACAACCAUUGAGGAACGUAUUGAAGAAGAAGGGGAGCAUCUUGAGUGGCUAAUGGAACAGUGUGGGUACAGAUACCAUGUUGUUAACUGUAAGAAUCACACUGACAGCACACAAGUCACAGAACUCCUUAAGAAGAUAGAGGAAAUGGUGAUGGAAAACAACGGUCGUCCCUAUGUGCCAGAUGAGAAGAACAAUUCAUUCAACGAGCUUGAGCUGAAGCUGAAGAAAGGCAAAACAGACAUAGAGAAAGGGCAAAGACAAAAAUACAUGCUUCAAGAGCUGCUUAAAGAAAGAAAAAAAAACCUCUCAGAAGUUAGGAUUGUGCUUCUUGGAGGAGAUGGAGUUGGGAAAAGUACAUCAGGAAACAUGAUUCUGCAAGGAUAUUUUUUUGACACAAUGCUAGAGGAGGGAUUUAAACCCCAGCCAAGAACAAAGCAAUGUACAAUAAAACAACGGAAAAUUGCAGGACGUCAAAUCUCAGUGGUUGAUACACCAGGAUGGUCAACAUCAAAUCUGGAAGACGCAAAAGAAAUUUUACGCAGUGUGACAGUUUGUUCUCCAGGUCCACAUGCAUUCCUGCUAGUGCUACCAGUAAAAAGGACUUUUACAAAAAAAGAUGAACAAACAGUGAUGGAGCUCAUGAGCCUUUUUGGGAAGCAUGUCUGGAGAUAUACUCUAAUUUUAUUCCAUGGACACUGGCUGAGGGACAGACCAGUUGAGCAUUACAUUGCAUGUGAAGGAGAACCCCUGCAGACUUUGAUAAGAAAGUGUGGAAACAGAUAUCAUGUACUAGCUGAUAACAGUCAUAAUAUCAAUAAUCUGCUUAAGAUAAUUGAAGAGAUGGUGGCAAGAAACAGAGGGGAACACUUUACUGAAAAAAAGGAAGAAAAAAUGGCGGCAACAACAGUAAUCAACUGGUUUACUGGGAAGGUACUGACUGAAGAGGAGUGGAAUAAACGUGAGGAUGAACUCAUAGAGAGGAUGCUAGAAGCAGCAGUUGUGGACCUUGAUGCAGAAUCCAAACAGCCAUCUGGCAGACGAAGGGGAAGCUUUGACAAAUCGAUCCCUAAUAUGAGUGGAGAUUCAUUGUCUGAUACUGCCAGUUCAGUUGGAGAUAAUACUCUGAACCCUGCUGACAAAGUAUCUCAAUGGCUCUGGCAUCCAAGAAAUUAUGCACCAUCAUCUGGAUAUGACACCAUGAGCAUUUCAUCAAGUUCUCAGUAUUCAAAAGUGGAAAGAAUCAUAAAAGAUCUUCCAAUGGUCCAAAACCAUCCUAGUGACAUGGACAAUCCAAAAUACAUAAGGAAUAUGAGAGAAGAAAAACGUGCUAGAUCAUUUUCAAUGUAGAAUCAAUGUUCUCUACGACCCAAACUAUGAACAUACUGUAUAUAAUGUAAACUGACGAUGACUUGAAAUAAUAAUUAAUAUCUCAAUAUGGGCAAGUGUUUUUUCUACAUAACUCAGUGAGUUUACAGUGUAUUGCUCUCGUUUUCUAAUUCACAUUAAGAAGAAGCCAGUGUGAGAUGUUGAUCAACCAAUUAUAUGAGUGUUUUAGUGACUCUGCACUGUUUCUGUAGGUGUGUGAGGAAUGGUAGAAGAGAUACUGUAUCUCAACGGGUCCUUCUUGGUUAAAUAAAAAAAUAAAAAAAUAUUAUUUUAAUUCAAAAUUGUUCAAACAACAAUGUAAAUGUAUAAAACUAUAAAAAUGUUAUGUUACCAAUUUGAUGUUCAUAUUUUAUGUUCAAAGUACUUAAGGAAAAGGCAAUGUGUGUGACAAUGUGAGUCCACUUUAAUUUUAACUGUAACACUUUACAAUACAUGUGCACUAAAAUGCAUUAAUUCAUGCUUAAUUAAAUGAUAAAUGAUUAAUUAAA